ACAUUUUCCUCAAUUUCAUUCGCUUCGGCUUUUCUCCUCUCCUCUGCCGGACUUAGGGUUUCAGAUCGGGACGAAAUGGCUAUGCAGAAGGCCAAAGAGAUCGUCGCCAACAAUCCCGUUGUCGUUUUCAGCAAGACGUACUGUCCAUUCUGUGUGGAUGUGAAGAAGCUUCUGCAGGAAGUGGGUGUCAAAUUCAAGGCCGUUGAGCUCGACACGGAAGGCGAUGGGAGCGGAAUACAAUCAGCUCUUGCAGAGUGGACUGGACAGCGCACCGUCCCGAACGUGUUCAUAGGGGGAAACCACAUCGGUGGCUGCGACACCACUAAAGGGUUGCACAAGAAGGGGAAGCUGGUUCCUCUGCUGACCGAAGCUGGAGCUCUGGCUGCCACUACCUCUGCUUGAACAGCGCCACUCCAAGUAAACACUAAUAAUGGUUUCUUUCUCUUGUCUCAGAUGUUUGUUUCUUUGUUCUGCAAUUGGGUGAAAACGUUUAGCUGUGUGGCCAUGUCUUGGAUGAAUGCUCUUUUAAUAAGUGUGUUACUUCAUGUGGAACCGAAAUCGGCAUUUUCUCUCUCAGGUUGUAACCUUUGAUGACAACAAGAAUCUGACUCUUAUGACGUAUGUGUA